AUGGCGGCCUCUGCAGCAGAGGAGAGUGAGGUUGUGACAACUUUAUCGGUCAUUUUAGGGAUUUCUAGGGAAUUAAUUGCUCAGCUUGCCACUAAACAUGAAGAUGCAACCGUAUUUCUACUCAAAGUCAAGCAGAUGUUUGAUGAAUACUCUUCUAAAGAGGAAAAAAUUCGCUCGGACAUGGCUACCCUUCGACGGGCACGUGUAGACGCAGGUUUGUAUUUUUUUCCGUUUAACGUGAUAAAAAUCCUGAUAACAUUCCCUUAUAUAGCUCCUUUUGGCUUUGACUUACUGUUUCAACUCAAAUACGUUUGGGAGUUGUAGAAUGUUCCUUGAAAUCAUGUUUGCUAUUUGUUUGAGGCGGUGAAUAUAAUUAUCUUAUGGGUUAAUCUGGCGAGUUGGCUCAAACUAACCAUCAUUCCGUGAAUGUAGAGCAACAGUUCAACCAAAUAGAGAAGCAGCUAAUCUCCUGCAAUGCCAAACUGGAGUCAGAGCAAAAACAGCAUGAAAGACUUCAAAAGGAACAUGAAGAAACUGGUAAGCUUAAGAUAUGUAUAUGAACGAGUGAUUAUUAUAGUAUCCAAGGUUACAGAAAAGUCUGUACUCUAGCAAGUACCACCACUCCCCUCUAGAUGGGAUCUUAGUCCAUACAAGGUUACCUGCAGCAUUCCAUCAGGCUUCCCUGACAAUUUGCAGUCACCCAUACAUACUCCUGGCUGGAGAGAGACACUGUAAGAGUGAAGUGUUUUACCAAUGGACACAACACAUUGACCCACAGUCCAGUGUACUGACCACUAGGCUGCUACAUCACCUGCUAUUAUAGUGUUGAGAACACUGUAAAAUCUAACAAGAUGCUUCUUGGAUAUCAUCCAAAAGAAUUCAACAAGACAUAGGAUGUUGUUGCAAUCAAUAUUACUUUCAAAUAUCAUCAAUAGUUUUCUACUAGAAGGAAUUUGUUCAGGGAGUGUUAGAGUAUCUCCAUUGCUGAUAGAACUUAAUUGGGCCUGACUGGCCAUUGCAGCCCUUUAGAAAAUUGGCAGUACUUCAUUUCUGCAGACAUAGGGGUGUUUUCCCCAAUCCAGUUUGUGUGGGAUUUCAAGUUUACAAUUAUAUAGUAUAUAGUUUGCACUAUUCUAGUUCUGUUUUCGAAACAAACUACUGUAGCUUCCUAUUUUCCAAACUUUACAAAAAUCCUAGUUGCUGUCAUUUUAUACUGAAGGUAAUUUGUACUUUUGCUUUCUUACAGUGGCUUCCCUUGCAGAAAAGCAGAAAAGACUUCAAGAAGUAGAGGGUAUCAAGGAAGAUGCAUCAGCUAAUUAUGUAAGCUUUUCUUUAUAAUCUCGUGUAUUUCCACUCUCAUGCUAUUCUUCUAAUCUGAUGACAGUCAGUGAAAUGUAUACAUGAGCUCUAGUUCUUAGGAAGUGUGGAUAUUGUUUUUUUUUCCCCCAGACACGUGUGUCACGACUCAAUGAACAACUUGAAUCAGAAAAACUAGAGCUCUUGUCAGUUGUAGAGCGGAAAAACCAGGAGAUUGACAGAUUGAAUGGUAUGAAAAUUAAUAUCUUUGUUUGAUAUCUUUUUUUGUUUCUAUUUGUUAUUGAACAAAUAGAUUCUUUGUGGCUUAUGAUUACUUUUUCUCCUAGAAAUGAAAAGGAUAAGGUUAAUAUGUGUUUUUUAUGGUUGAAUAAAAAGUGAAGGUUUAAGUGAACUAUAAAUCAAUAAAGACCCUUACUGGCCUUUAUAGUGAGGAUUCUGGUUUGAUGUUAAACAUUUCUCAUAAAUUUUUUAAUGAGUAAUGUAAAUAUUUUGUCCUUGAUGUAAAAAUAGAGGAGUGGAAAAGCAUGUCAGAAAAACUGUCUGAAGCCAAUGCUGUCAAGUGUGCAGCUCAGGUAUGGUAGUAAAUGUGAAAGACAAGUUGUGGAUGCAGAGGUAAAGUGGAAUGUGUUCUAAUUUACUCUGUGUCAGUAUAAAUGCAGCUUUUUGGUUACUGUCUUUAGCAUCUUAAUGUUCUUGAAACGAAUAAAGAUAUGAAAUUGUAGGAUUCAGGUCAUAGCUGUCAAUAAGUUUUGAAGCAGCUGUUAGAUUGGAGAUGUCACCUGCAGAAUUGUAAUAGGUGCCAAAUUUUAACAUAACAGCAAUUACCAGCAUCACCUAUAACAUUGAGUGAAUUCAGCCUUAACAAGUGUUAAAGGUUGUGGCCCUUAUUCACAGUCCCAUAUGUAUUGAGAUUUACAUGUACCUACUGUUCAAAUCUGCAUGUAUAUGCUCUUGUGCUGUGGUUUAUUUUCCCUCUCUGUUGUCAGGUGUAUUUUUUUCUUUUAUUACACCCAUUUUGGAAUCACUGGUGGUCCCUGUAAUCUGAUUGGCUCUAGUUGGUGCAAUUUAUUCAUGAAUCACACCAUUGUUUACUUUAAAUUGCAUCUUUUUCCCAGCCAAUGAGAAGGCUACACUAAAAACAAAACAACCAAUCAGAUUUCAAGGCUUGUUUAAAGUAACCAAUCAAAUUGCAGGAAAAUGAAAGACAAAGAGUAUCAUGUGGCAAAUUUUGCAACUUUUGUUUUCAAAAUUCUUAUUUUUUCCCCACAAAAAAUGAAUAAAUUUAAUUUCAAGCCAGCUUAGUACUGCAUCAAUGAAAUAUUUGAACUGACCAAAUCCUGUAUUUGGGCGAUUUCAAAAUGGAUGUAAUAAAGUGGUAAUUGAACCUCAUGUCCUACAAUUUUUAGUCUGAAAUCAUACUUUUGAUUUCAAAUCAAACUCGCACUGUGCACUCAUUUGAUUUUGAAAUCACGUGUAUGAUUUCAGCCCAAAUUACACUCCACUCAGUUCAAUUACCAUUAUUAAAUAAGAAUUUCAAAUGUGAUACAUGUCCUGUCAUGUACAUGUAAGAUGCUACUUGUAUUACGACUCAACUUUGUUGUAAAACUAUUCUGUUAGACUUAAACUUUUGAACCACACUUUAAAAAUUAUGUGUUUAACCUUGAAGAGAGGGGAAAAUGUAUAUAGACACUGUAUUUCUGUAUAACUGGGUUAUUUGUAUUUCAGGCCAAACUCGAUCAAAUUCAAAGUCAGGAAACUUCUUUCAAGGUUAGGAUGAUAAGAGCUAUGUGUUUAGAGAAAGAUGCAAAGAAAAAUAGCUAGAAAACCAUUUGAGAAGAGAAAACAGAUACCCUAGAGUUAAGUACUCAUCUUGACUAAGCGUCCACCCUUUUGUAAUAAAAGUUAAUUAACAACCACCCCCCUCAUUUAAAAACUGAAGUGCACAAGAGGAGUUCUAUUAUGAUUACUUAACUGGCUUAUAAUCAGUAAAUUCACUGUCUAUGGUAUAUCUUCAGAUUUUGUUAUUACUGUUCUCAUUGUUUUGUUGCAAAGAGAAAGAAUGAGGAGGCAAUGUCUUAGAACAAGCUGUUAUGACCAUUGAAUAUUUAUAAAACCUUAAACAAGAAAAAGUAUUGGAAAUGAGGUACUGUACAACUGCCCUUAAGCUGGUUCUUUCAAGUUAAACAAUUAUGUUAUUCUUGCAGUUCCGUGAAAAGAGAAUUGAACAAGAAAGGGAUCUUAUUGAACGACAGAAUAAAUGGCUGAAUGAAGAACUCAAGAACAAAACUGAUGAAUUGGUACAAAUUCGGAAAGAAAAGGUAUUUGGUCUUUGCAUAUUAAGUUCAUUUUUGUGACUGUCAGUUCAGGCCAAAAUUCCCUUUACCUAUUCUUAAUACUGUAAUUGACCAAUUUUCUCUGCUGAAUAUUUUUUUUGCAAGGUUUUUUGUUUCUUUUUGCUCAAUAUUAGUGAAACUGUGAAAUACUCUGUUGAUGUUUUUUUUUUACAAAAUUGAUGAAAUAAUUUUACUUUUUAGUCAUCCCAAGUAUUGGAACUUCAAACACUGUUGGAUCAGAGAACUGAAGAGGCAAGAGGUUCAUUAGUUUUAGGAAUACUCUGCAUUACAAAGUGCUUCACAAAUUCAAUGUUGUGAACAGCUUUUUGCAUGCAGUUCAUAACUUUAUGCUUUUCUAUAAGUUUUUGGGUGUACAAUGAUGUUUUGCUUGUGCAUCUUUCAGCUUUCUCAUCUUAAAGCUUCAUCAGAGACAUUAAAGGAACAGAGUAAUGAGACAAACAGCAAAGUUGUAAGCUACAUGCAGCAGCUACAAGCGGUGAGGGUUCUGAGGACCAUGCCUUUUAAGAUGCGUUUGAUUAGUACAAAAUUAAUGUAAUUCUCCUUACUGUCCUUUAAUAGUAUACAUUUCUUACAAUGUUUAUUCUGCAUUUUCCUGUAUGGCCUGCUGAAUUUAAAGGUUUAUUGAAUCUACAUCUUUUUGUCACCAUUUGAAGCCAGAAAUAUGUGUAAUAUCUCACUAAUCUUGUUGUCUUGAUCUAUACUGUAAGUUCCAAGGUUUUCUUCUAGGAUUUAUGGCCCAAGCAGAAAAAAACUUGGUCCUUAACUUACAGCACAGACCUUAAACUCAGUUAGUUACAGGUAUGUACUAUGUUACUAAUGUAUAGUUUUGUUUGCAGGCUCGUGAGCAGUUGAUUAAGCAGGACGACCACUUCAAAACAGAACUAGCCUCACAGUCAAAGCUGGCAGUACUUUAUAAGGUGAUUUUUCUUGGAAUAUUUGACUCUCUACCAUUUAAGAGGUUGGCAAAGGGUUUAUACAGCUGUACCUGACGUGUGAUUAAGGCUUAAAGUGUAAAGAGUGAAUUUUACAGAAAGGUGAGCAUGUUUUAUGUAUUUAUGAACUAACAUGAGGCCUCCAGAAGACAUGACCUGUGAAUGUUUCCUUACAUUUUGGGAAAACAUGAAGAUUUCCCCACAACAUUGCACACAAGAUGAGUGAUUUGAAGUUUUCCCUUCUAAAUCUGUGACAUGUGAAACACAGUUUAUGGUAUUUGUCACGCAAGAAUAUUUUUUCAAAAUUCAGGCAUGAAAUGGGAUCAGGCUCCCCCCACCCUUUGCCACCCUCACUUAUUAUACAAACUGUGGUGUUAUACAAGGAUUUCCAGCCCUGAGAAAAGCUGCCAUAACAACACAUGUGAAAAAAAUACAAUAAUUUUGCAUGUGUGUUUGAUAUGGCUUAUCAACUGCACCUUCCAACUUUUUGCAGGAAUUGUUGAUCCCAUUUUUUCAUUCAUGAAUAAAGCCAACUUUUCUAGUCAGUGAAAGCCUCUUGUGCUUAUAUAAGGAACAAAAUAAUACAUGGUUGCUUGUAAAUACAGGUGUAUGGAGUUUCUCUUCUCGUGUUCAACUCAACAUCUCACUUGUUUCCUGUACUCACUUGUGAGCUGUGAAUGUAUUGAGUAGAACACUUGAAGAGAAAUUCCAUGUGUGCCCAUGGAUUAUUCUUUAUUUAACACACCUUUGAUCCAAAAAGAGCAUCUUAUUUCAGUAAGAAGGAGAUCAUGAUUAUAACUUUGUGAGUAAUUUUAUCAUUAGGAUAGUGCAGAUGAAGCAAAGAAGAAAAGUGAAGAACUUCUAACAGCAUUUGAAGAACUUCAAAAGCUACUAAAAGAAUCUAAUGAAAGUAAGUAACUGCAGAUGUUGUUUUUUUUCAGUUUAAAAUUAAGUCUAGAGUAAAAUAAACUUAAACUAGUUUGAUAUACAAUAUGUAUGUGAAUGAAAGUGAUCCUCAAAGUGAUGUGCACUAUUUAGGCAGUAGUGAAAAUAAGGCCUGAAAAAAAUCCAGGCCUGUACGGGAUUUGAACCCAUGACCUCUGUGAUACCGGUGCAGCGCUCUACCAACUGAGCCAACAAGCCAAGUGGGAGCUGGUCAUGAUGGUGGUUCUAAAUAAACCCGUGAAGUGAUGAAUAGACGGUUAAGAAUAUAUGAAAGUCAUAUAUUUGAACUCCGGAUAAAGACGUGAAUGAAAGUGAUCCUCGCAGUGAUGUGUACUAUUUAGGCAGUAGUGAAAAUAAGGCCUGAAAAAAAUUCAGGCCUGUACGGGAUUUGAACCCAUGACCUCUGCGAUACUGGUGCAGCGCUCUACCAACUGAGCCAACAAGCCAAGUGGGAGCUGGUCAUGAUGGUGGUUCUAAAUAAACCCGUGAAGUGAUGAAUAGACGGUUAAGAAUAUAUGAAAGUCAUAUAUUUGAACUCCGGAUAAAGACGUGAAUGAAAGUGAUCCUCGCAGUGAUGUGCACUAUUUAGGCAGUAGUGUAUGUUUUUACCUUUGUGUAUUUUACCUUUGUUUAUUUAUGUUUUUACCUUUGUUAUUGGGACACUGUAUGUCAUGAUAAUCCCAUGAUAAUCCUUAUUAUUUCUAGUAAUUCUUCUUACUGUCUGUUAUACAAUUUGUAUGAUGUUAGUUUAGAGAAUUUUGUACUGGAUCAAGUCAUAAUUCCCCAAUUUAUAUUUUUCUUUUUUCCUACUUGAUAUUGUGUAUUGUAUUUUCUUUUUCUUUUUGUGUGCUUGAUAUUGUAUCAACAUUGUUAGUUGAAAAUUCUGUCUCGGUCACUCAUGGGAGUUGAAGGUUAAACAAAGGAAAGUAUGAAACAAGCCACUGUUGUUUAAAACCAUUCUAACCUGAAAUCAGCUUUAAAAAAAUAUCCAUGCAGGUUAUAAUUGACUCUUAACCCUAUCACUCCUGAGAUCUUAUGAGUAAUUCUCCCUACUGUUUGUCAUAUAGUUCAUGUGAUGUCAACUUUGAGAAUUUGGUAUUAGAUCAACUAGUAAUCCCUUAAUUGAUAUUUUUCUUUAUUCUCACCACUUGUCUGCUUGAUAUUGUAUUGAUGUUGUAAGGAGAAAUUCUGUUUUGGUCACUCAUAGCAGUUAAAUGGUUAAGAAAAUUAUGGAGUGCUUACUCUCUUCUUGAAAUUCUUAGGUCGACUCGAACUUGAUAGCAGAUUCAAGGAACAGGAGAAUUCCCAUUUGGAGAAAGUUAAAGAACUUGGUAACUACAGCCCUUUUUUUGAAAUAAUGUUGACGUGCGCACUCAGAUCUUAGAUGGAGGAGGAGAUUGGUAAAAAUUAGUCAGAAUAAGGAUUUUUUAAAAAAAUUAAUGUUUUCUUCAACAGAGGAAAAGAUCAACAAACUAGACAAGGAGCUUGAGAAUGCCAAUGAUUUAUUAGCAGCUGCAAGACAAAGAGGUAAAAUUAAACUCUUGAACAAUUACAAACCUUUAAGGCUGGUUUUCACAGGCAAGAGAGAGUGAGUCGUAGCCAAAAUGGUAAGAGCACUUCUUACUUGGUGUGGAUUGAAAAUUGGAGUUAAAAGCAUAUUAAUUUCCAUAACCUUAAAAAUUUAGCACUGCUUUAGUAUUAGUUUCCUUAAUUGCAAAUAAGUUUCCCUCUCAAUUUUGCAUUAGAACUCUUAUAAGUGAUUAAGAUGGAAUUUCUCCAUUCACUCUCAAGACAGACAGUGAGGAAAAUUACUUUCACAGGAGUGAAAGGGUUAAUUUCAGUCAUGGUAAUAUCAAAUACCUACAGUAAAUGAACACCAUCAUCAAUCAAUCAGUCUUUGUAGUUUAUUUUGUUGAAAGAGGCUUUUGACCCUCCAUGCUAAAACUUAUGUAAACAAGCACUCUGGACAGACAUAUGGUUUCUUCCAAUUUCUCUCCUAUUGUGAUCUAAUUUUUAUCCCUUCAAGCACCAACAACGGUCAUCAAAUGGUUUGGGUAUUCAUCCAGUUACGUUAUCUUUGACAUGUUUCCAACUCUUUUCAGGUACAGCACCUUUAACUCCGGUAGAGCUGAGCACACUUUCACCAACUGCAGCAGCAACAAGUUCGUUUAUGAAGUCCGGAAUGACUCUAACCCAGGUUGAUACUUAGUCUAAUGAAUUUAUUUUCCCUUUUUGUGGGACAGUUCAGUGGUAACCUUGUUAAUUUUCCUUACAUCAGAUGUUAGUGAACUAUUAAAAGGAAAGUCUCCUUGUUUUUCUGUUGAAUCAAUGGGAUCACUGUAAACUGAAGAAGACUGAACACAUUUAUUUAUAUCUUCACAUAGUAGUUUGCAAUUUGUGUCAGAAAAGCAAUAGUUGUGAUUGACAUGCUUAAUUUGUAUUUUGCAGAUUUAUAGUCAAUAUGUGGAAGUCUCUGAUGCAUUGCAGCAAGAAAAAGAUGAGAAUAUCAGACUAAAACAGUACCUGGAUCAGAUACUGAAGGUAAAUCUGGUACAGAUCAGUGAUUUAGUUAAUGGCAUGAAAACGUUCCCUUUGUCAUGAGUUUUCCAUUUUCCUUAUACUGCAGUCUUAAAGGGAAGUAUCAUCUGUUAUACUGCAUGUCACUUCAAGGAUUUUUUCUUGUUUUCUUGCUUUUUUAUGUCUCUUCUUUCCUCUUUGCUUUCACUGUUGCAUUACGUUCAUUAUAAUUUGAUUGAGUACAAGAAGAAACAUUUUGAUAAUUGAUACUGUAGGAAAUUGAGGAGAAGGCACCAGUGCUUCAACAACAGAGAAGAGAUUAUGAGCAGGCAUUAAACAGUGUGGAUCAACUGUCAAGGAGACUGGAUUCAGCUCUUGUGGUGAGCAGAUUUUUAUAUAUCUGUAUUACAUUUUAAUCUGUGAACUUACUUGUAAAUGAACAAUAACAAUGUAAGUAAAGUGAUGAUUAAUGACCAAGCACCCUCCUAUCGACAAGUAACCCCUUUAUAUUAAGCCCUUUUCCCCUUUGAAUGUCCUUUCUUAGCAGAUGCCCCUACUGCAAAAGCCCUUAGUCUGAUAAGUACUCCUGCUUCAGUAGGAAUCCCCUCUGUAGCAAAAUUGAUGAAUGUUGAGGCCAAGUCACUGUUUAUGUAUCUUCCUCAGGAAUGCUCACACCACAUUGUUUCCCAUUACAAGCCUGGUGCUUUUCUUUUUGUUUCUCAAAUGUUAUUUCCAUGCAAAAGUGUUGGCCCUGCUGUCUGUUUUAGCUUGAAGAAAUCCAUUUUUGAAAAACAGAGUGCCCCCCCCCCCCUGUAAACCUCCAAAGAGAACAAUUCCCUUCACACCUUUCUCUCAGGUUAUAAAUCAAAGAAAAACUAAGCUGAUGAAUUUUGCAACAAUUUGUGUGUCUUUUUGGCUUGAGUUGUUUCCUUCUUUAACAUCUGUCACUAUUUUUAUUGAAGGAAAAUGAAGAGUCUAAAGUAAUUGCUGAUGAGGCUACCAAAACGAGUGGACAUCUGAAAAGAGAGAACGACAGACUGAGGAAUCUUUCUGCUGACCUAAGUCAACAGGUUUGUGGGAAUCAGAAGCUUUCAAUGUAAGAACCUCUUAAUGAUCAAGCACCCUCCUAUCAACAAGAAACCCCUUUAUAGUAAGCCCUAUCCACUUUGAAUGUCCUUUCUCAACAGGUGCCCUUACUGCAAAAGCCCUUUGUCUGAUAAGUACUCCUGCUUCAGAAGGAAUCCCCUCUGUAGCAAAAUUGAUGAAUGUUGAGGCCAAGUCACUGUUUAUGUAUCUUCCGUCACUGUAGUCACUAUUUAUGUAUCUUCUUCUAAACAACCUGAUGUGCUCUUACCAACAAAAGUAUAGCUUAUCAAUACUCAUUCUCCUUUUUGCUUCCCAAAAUUGCUUUAUCAUGAGUUUGGAUCCAUAUCUUUGUUGAUUGUAAAAACCAACCUGUGAGUGGGAUGUUGUCUUUUCCACCUGAAGAGGUCAAAAAUCACUUGAUAUUCAAGAAAAAGACAAUGUAAAGAUUAGUUUUGUUGGAUGGGAAUAACAGGAAUUCACAAAUAAAGGAUUCACUUCUGUGGUGGUACUUUUGCCUUCAGGUACAGGUCUUAUUGAAAGAAUGCGAGGAGGCAAGAGGAGGAGUGGUCAGCUCUGAGUUGAGUUUGACUCCCAUGUCAAGCGCUGAGGUCACCAGCUCAUCACAAGUCAUCUCUGAACACCUUGUUACUUUCAGGUAAACAAGCUAAAGUAUCAACAAUAUUUUGAAUUUAUUAAUCCUCGCAAUAGUUCAUGUCAAAUUUCAUGAGAUAGAAUUCUCCAGAUUGUAAAACAAUUGUAGGAUUGUGAUCAGGUGAUAUAUCCAGUUCCUUGAUAAUGUUGUGGUGCCCACAUCCAAACAAACUGACAAACAAAAAUUGCACAGUGCCAGGUACAGUAGUAUCUAAUAGUUGCUUUUCCCCCAAUAUCAGCGGCAGUAUUGUAAAUGUUUAACCCCUUAAACCCUAUAAGUGACCAGCAUUUAAUUUCUCCUUACGGUAAAACUGCUGAAUAACUCAUUAAGAUCAUGAGAAUAAAAGAAAUAAUCACCAACCUUGGAGCUUUGAUUGUUUAGCAAAUUCUCCUUGUCAGUACUAAAGGAAGUGGGUAGAAAGGAGUAUAGAGAAUAUGGAUACUGAUAUUAGGAUGUAAAGGGUCAGCACAUACAUAUGUUGCCAUUAUUCCCUUCUUCUAAUAUCGUCAUUUAAUCGCUGACAGGAGUAUCGAGGAACUUCAACAGCAAAAUCAGAAACUUCUGGGAGUCAUCAGGGAAUUAAGUGAAGAGAAAGAAAAGAAGGAAGGAGAAGACAUGUGAGUUGCAAUUUUUUAAAGGGUAUUUCUCUUCUUGUAUUGCUCUGUUUUGACUUUGAUUUUCUCAAAUGCAAUGCAUUGUUAAUCAACAUUUGUUAUAUUGUAUAAAGUGCUAAAUUUAAAUCUCUUUUAACCAGUAUGAAGGGGUUACAGAAUCAAUUGGACAUGUCAUUGAAGGAAGUUGAAGUUCUUAAGGAAUCAAGAGAGAGGCAAAUGAAUAUGGUUUGUAUUAAAGACAUUUACUACUGUAUAUCAAGAAGCUGAUGCACCAUCUCCCAACUCUAUCAUCAGCACUAUUACCACGCAGUUUCCUCAUCAAUCUAAUUUUGUGGUUUGUUCUCCUUAACAGGUCGAGGCUGUGAUCAGGCAACGUGACAUGUACCGUGUUCUGUUAGCCAAUAGUGGACAAACUCCAGUAAGGAGCAACUAUUUUUAAUCCUCCUUGACUGUUUUCCAAUUUUUUUUUUGUUGAAAUAAGGAACACAGACAUGAAUAUGACUGUAAACAGGUUACAUAUUAUUAAUUUCCUUAAAUACUGUUACCUAACCCCCUAAAAAGUUCCGCAUUGGAAUACUGACUCGAAUCCUCAUAACCAACUUCCUUCUUAAGGUAUAGCUUUCUUUGAAUAGUUCCAUCGAAAUUUGGUAACCUGAAUUUUGAAUUUCCAUCAGUUUACAAUCUAUGUUAUUCCUGAAUUUCAGAUCCCUACAGGAGACCUUGACCCAUCUGUUUUGGUAUCUUCUCCAUUACUCAAGACCCCUGAUAAAUCAAGUGCAGAACUAGAGGAAACUAAAGUAGCUCUAAAAGAACUACAGAGACACUUUGAAACUUACAAAAGUGAGAGAACACAAGCUGAGGAGUAAGUUUGUAACCAUGCCUUUUGAACAGUUACAGUCCUGCUGUAUGUAAUGUCUGGUCAAAACUAUAUAUAAUAAUGACUGCUAUUAUAAUUAUAACAGAUGAAUUGGGCACCUUUAAUACAAUGUAUGUCACAUACAUGUAGUCCUCAUUUCCCUGUGUUAUUCCUGAGCAAGCUCAGAAAGCAUGUGAGACUAUUUACAAGAUCUCCUCUAGUAAUAAUUUCUCAUACUGUCUGCCAUACAGUUCUUAUGAUGCUAGUUUGGAGAAUUGGGUAUUUGAUCAAUUAAUAAUCCCCUAAUUGAUAUUUUAAAAGGUUGAAUGUUUAUAAAUACAUUAACUACAUUGAAACAAGAUAUCCUUGUAAAUUUAUGAUAUAUUUUCCUUUUUUUUUGAUUCAUCAAUCAAAUCUUUACUAAUAUGGAAAUUAUUGUUGUUGGUGAGCUGCAUUGUUUAAAUAUUUUUGGGAAUCAAUCCUGGAAAAAUUCAGAUUUUGAUAGGAUUCCAACCUGUACGGCAUGUGCAUCACAGAUAUUAGUUGGGCUCCACUUCCAUCUGGGCUGUGUAUUUUGAGCAUAGAAAUUUUCAGUGGUUCUUUGUUCAUGUAAUAGAAUCUGAUUAGGUAAUGAGGUGAUCCUUUUAAAUGAGCUGCAGUCAAAGAAAAUACAGAAGGAUCGAAGCCUGAAAAAUAUUCUCACUUUGACAGCUAACCUUUGAUGAUCAUUUCAUUCCUUAUAAUUUAACAUGAAAGAAGAAAGCUAGUUCAGACUUUCUUUCCAAAGUGUAAAUUUUUUUCCUGAAAUGUCUUACGUGUUCCUUUUUUUUUUUUUUUAAAGGAAAUCGAAUGAGCUGCUAGAUAAAUUGCAAGCUGAGAAUCUUGAGUUAAAUGGAAGUAAUGCCAGAUUUAAGUCUCAGGUUAGUUUUAUAAAUUUCUUUCCUUCUUGUGAGUUUAACACGUUUCAGAAAAACUGCUGUUGAUCAGGGAACAAAUUUCAUGUAUUUUUUUGUUAAUCUCUAGUCAACCUUUUUUGGAAGGAAAGUAUCCCUUGUUUACAAGUAUUCAUCAAUAUUUUCAGGAAAUAUGAACUUUUUACAUGGCUUUGUCUUCAAAUGUUUACACUUUCAGUUAAUUCUCAUGAUAAUAAUACUUAAAAAAAAAUCUUCAAGUCACAGCUGAAAAUUUUGUCUAUACCAACCCAGGAGGUAAGAAAGAAGGUAGUGUGGUAUUUUUAUCAUUUAUUCAAUGAUUUCAUGAAUCCAGCUUAACAAUUUUACAUUCUCUUGCCACAGCUGGAGUUUGCUGAGGAACGUUAUGGAAUGCUAAAGUCAAACUCUGAGGCUUUCAAGAAAGAAGCAUCAGCUGCGUCCGAGAAGUCUCAUAGCUUGCAGACAGCACUCAGCAAGUUGCAAGCCACUCUUGACAGUGUGUCACAGGUGUGUUAAUAUACCAGGUUUAAGAGGAGUAACCAAAGAUUGAGAUCAGUUAAAAAGUGCCUUUUAAUAGAUGACUUUCAAGAAAAAUUCAGACAGAUUUAUAUAGCUUAUAAACCAAUUGUAGUUAUUGCAGCUACUGUCACUAGUUUAUGAACUAAUUACAGCCCCAUUGGUCCAUUUUUAUUUCAGAUCCUUUCUCAUUUUGUUUUUAAAAAAAAAGCAUAUUAGCUGAAUUUACUUUUAAGUUAAAAUGAAGGAAAAAGCCUUGAAAUCAAGGUAGACUUGGCUGGUCAGUUUAGUUAGUUUGAUCAAGGAAUUUUCACCUCAGUUUGCAUCUAGCAACGUGUUGUGUCGGUAUGUCACAUAUUUGAAUGUUUUUAAAGAAAUUGUUGUGGAAAGCUGGACAAGUGGAAGAUUACUCAUUAAAAAAUACUUACCAGAUGGUUUGUCAACAGUGGAAAUAAAGAUUUGGGAGUGAAAAAGGCACGAAAGAGCCUCUUCCCUUAAAAAUUUUCUAUGCAUACUCUAGCUGAAUACAUGAAAUGGUUUGUGUCCCAGACAUCAUUGUUCUUGUAUUGUUUCUUUUUUAAAUAGGAACUGACAAACACUAAAGAAAAGUUAAAUAAACUUGAGGUGGGUUUCUUUACUUAGUUGUAAUUUUGCUGUGAGAGAACAAUUUUUAACACUUUAGGCUAAAAUGUACACAGAACUGUCCCAAUUUUAAUGAGCUGUGUAGUGAUCCAUUUAGUUGAUCAGUUGAGCUCUUUGAAAAGUUCAUUAGUCUGUUUCUUACCUGUUUUACUUAUAUGUAGCAUGUAAAAAAGGUAUGUGUUUGCCCUAUUUUUUAGAAAAGUUACACACAAAUGUGAAAGGUCACAAUUUUAUGACCUGUUUACAUUGUCAUUUGCUAGUUAUGAGAAUAAGAUACAUAGAGCUGUAGGAAACCUCAACAAAACAUCACCCAUGUACAGCUUAAACCAUAGAUUAUGUCUUCUUAUUGAAGGUGAAAAGUUAGUGCAACUUACUGAAGCAGGCUGGAGUCAUUUACAACACGCUGCAUGUUGAUUAUUCUUUAACUUAAAUGCAUCACACAAUUUAUAAUGAUGAAGUGAUAGAGCAAAGAUGAUUAAUUUCUUUUAGUGGUUAAUUAAAACCAGUACCAUACUUUGUAGUAAAAGGUGACAGUAUUAUUUUCCAAAACUGGUGGUUGUUGAUCCUUAUGGAGCAUUCUGUUUUCUCAUUAAAUUUCAGGUCACUUGUGAAAAUCUGAAAGCAGAGAAAGCCAUGAUGAAGGAGUCAGAAGUUCGUCUAAUGCAGGAAAACAAAAGCUUGUUGGAACAUCAGAAAUCACAAAAUGUUCUGGUCACAAAUCUACAGACUCUUCAGGUUAGUCAGAAAUGUAAAUAAAUCACUCAAAACACAGGUUGAUGCAACCGUCAUAUCUAGUAAGUUCCUUACAUUAUAGCUGCCAUGAAUCUAUUUCAUCAUGUCAGGUUCUGUUAAGUUGACCAUGAGUAUGUCAAAGGGGGUUACUUUCUAAAGAAACUUUGGUGCUUCAUGGGUGGGGGAGUAUAACAGGGUAAUGUGGUUUAAUCAAAUGAGUCAACUACUCUGAUGAGGGGCUAAUGCUCAAACCUUCAGGUUUAAAACUCUUUAUGGUGGCCAAUUUAUGUUAUCACUCAGUUGAUGAUACCACAUUACCAUGAGUAUGUCAAAUCAUUUGGAACUCCCCGCCCAAUGAUUUCACCUGUAUACUCUUCAUUAUAGAAUAACUUAGAGAGGUCUGAGUUUGAGGCAAGAACGAGACUUGGUUCUCAAGUUGAGACCUUACAGCGUGAAGUAAAUCUACUGAAGAGGAAGCUGGAAUCUGAAGACAAGCAUCACAAGAGUGUCAUUGAUACCUGGCAGGUGAGAAAUGGCUAUUGCUAUUGUUUUCGUACUUUCUUAUUUACUCUCUGACAACUUUUCUCAUUUUGGACUCUUAUUUGUCAAUGUUGUGCAAAAUGUGCCAACAAUUCUCUUUGUUGUGCAAUGUAAACAAAAUAUACAGAUCCUGCACAAAAGUUGGCAGAAAAGGUCAUCACUUUGCUGGAGGCCUUUAGGAUUAUGACACCUUUUACUCUUUGGUACAGGUUCCCUAAAAUAUUCUUUCAUCUGUAUCUUGCAUUCUUAUUAGGAUUUUACAAUUUUUCUGGCAAAUUAAAGUUAAUUGCUUUCUCUCACUAAAGAGAAGAGCAAAAAAAAAAAUUUACCAGAUUUUGUUAACUGACAGUAACUUUAACUUGUCAAUCCAGCUUUAAUAAUUGAGGAUAAUUGAUGAGUUCUGCUUUUGUUAACCCAGCCAAUGUAAAAUGUAAAGUUUGGAAAGUUGAAAUAAAUAUUGUCUUCUAUGAGAUACAUUACUUAUGCAGAAAAUGGGAAAAAAAUUUGUUUAAAAAAACAGAACCGUGUUCAAGAACUACAAUCACAACUGAAUGCAGAGAUAAAAACUCACCAGCAAGCAAGGGAACAGCUGCUAACUUCAACCAGGGAUGUUGACUCAGUGCAGCUCAGAGUAAGUGUUGUUGACUUGUUAAAGUUUAGUGCAGUGAAAUUAAACCCAGUGUAACAAGGACUAAAGUAUGACCAGCCUGGGAGGAAGCCCUCACCAUUAAUUAAGGGCUGUGGCACCAGCUUUUCUUCACCAGUGAGAAAGUUUGAGGCGUUGGACAAAGCCAGUGGGCAAGAGAUCUGUGACGUGUCUGUUAGACUAAGUGUAGACCUCAGGCUGGCUUGCUUUGCUCAAACCCUCUUGCAGGCAAAGAAAUGUUUGUACUGCAGCUCUUAAAAUGAGGAUCUGAUCAGUGGUUAUUAGCUUGAUUUGCUGGUAUACAGUCAAAUGCAUUACUUGAACAAACAUAGAGACUUGAAGGCUUUUGAAGCCUUACAAAAACUUAAAGUUAGAAUGGAUGUUGAUAUUGUUUGUGGCCAGAAGCUUGUGAAGGUUUCUGCUUUAAGCUUCUGUUGUGGCUCAUAGGAACAGUUGAUAUUAAUAAUAAUAAGGUGACCUAAACACAUACAACAAACAGGAUGUUUCACUAAUGCUAUAAAUUUUCCUUUUGACAACCCAAAUAUGUCAAUCAUUUUGUUUUUUUUCACACAGUGUACUCAAGCUGAAGCCCAACUGCAAGCUGCUGAAAGACGAAUAGCUGACAUUUUAGGAAAAGAUACGAGUUCUCUCCAAGAAGGUGAGUGUUUCAUUUCAGCCUCUUUUUUGGCCAAAUGUAUGUAGAUGCCUUAUUAAAAGUGUUGGAAGCUUACAAUUCACCACCUGUAUGGUGACUGGAGCCUUUUUGUUGUGGAAAGAACCAACUAAAUGUAAACACUUUUGAUGACUUCCCAUGGACAAUUCCGAGCCAUAUCUGUGGAAAAUGUCUGCCAUGAAUGCGCUUCAAGCUAUUUUUUCUGUUCUUGGAUCAUGAAAUAUGGAAAUAAAUGCCUUUUUUUGUCUAAAGAAAGGUGUUUCACACUCCAAGAUUUUGAAUUAUGAAUUUCAAAGUUUUCAGUGAUUUUGUCUAAUUUAGAACAGCAUACUUGUUUCCAGUUUAAUUUGUUUUUAAAAUAGUCAUUGGAAAGUAUAUUUUUAUGAUCCAAAUUCCUCAAUUAACGUAACCAGAUGUGUUAUGAUGUUACUUAACUUCUCUUAGCUGAUGAAGAGAGGAUCAGAAAAGAAGUUGAAGAACAGUACACCAUCAAGAUUCAGGAAUUUGAGUUGAAAUUAAGCACUGCAGAGGUAAAAAUCAAAGGUGAGCUCUGACAAUGUUCUCUUUGGAAUCAUUCUUCAAUUCACAGCAAAGACAUCUGAAACUUUGAAACCUGUCUGAAAUGCAUCUCGGCUUCCAAUUGGCAAAUGAGCAGGGACAAGUAGGUGUCUGACGGGGAAAUUCUCAUACCUCUUUUCUUCGGUGAACUUAUAUACUUUGGCUGAGUUUAGUAAUACUGUGGUGAACUUGUCUGUUGGUUUGUACAGGCCUUGAGGAACAAUUGGACCAAGCCAAAAAACAUGUUGAACAAUUUAGAUCCAUGUCAGAAGCCAAUGAAUCAGCCCUUGGUGACUUGAACAAGGUAAGUUAGUGUGGAAUACAGAACUAUUGUUUUUAAGUCUUAAGACUUCAGACUUCAGACUUCAGACUUCAGACUUCAGAAUUCAGAAUUCAGACUGAAUUCAGUCUGCCAUCAGCUGUCUCAGUUCUUUGUAAACAUUUAAUUGUAGAGAUACACUGCAAUUUAGAGCCACAGUUGACUUGGUAAUUCAGACCCCAUUUAAGCCCUUUAACUCCCAUGAGUGACCUAGACAGAAUUUAUCCUUACAAAUCAAUACAAUAUUAUUAAGCAGACAAGUGACAAGAAUAAAAAAAAAUCAACAAGGGGAUUAUUGGUAAUCAAAUACCAAAUUCUCAGAACUAACAUCAUAACAACUGUUUGGCAGACAGUAAGGAGAUAUACUAAGGAGAUCUUGGAAGUGAAUCUGGAGAAUUAUACUGUUAGUAGUAAUCACAUGGAAUCCAGGCUAAAUAGCAAAGCUUUUCUUCAAAUUUUUAGGCAAGUGAUGAAUUUAAACGAUCUACUGAGGGUAAACUCAAGACAGCGGAGCAAGAAAUUGCUCAGUACAAAUCUCAGAUGGCCACUCUUCAAGCCUCAAACCAAGAUCUCAGUGCAGCAAGAGCCAAAUUAACCAGAGAAACAGAGUCACAAACCAAGAGUUUACGAGACGUGUUGAGUAAGGUUAGGGGGGAGCUGGAUGAAGCUUUAAAGAAGGCACAGACAUCUACUGCUGCUGAGAUGACAGCCAAAGAGGAACUGAAGGAACAGGCUAUGUUGGCUGCAGAGGUAAUGUUAAACAGAAAUUAAUUUUUAAUGAUUUCCCAAUUUUUGGUUCUCCACAGUCACACAUUAAGUCAGAUUACUCAAACAUUUAUCAUUACCCAAAUGUCUUACAUGUAGCAGCAUUCACAUGCAAUACAAGUUGAAUUAUCUGAAAUACUUUGAAAUAAUUUUUUUUUAGAGGGGGGGGAGGGGGAGAAUAACACAAAUGUACACUUGUGGUUUUCUUUAAAUUUUUUUCUCAGCUGUUAGCUAAAAUGUCUGAUAACCACUGUAUAAUUUGAGAUGCCCAAAUGACAACUUUGGACUAGAGUCUUCAGUACAGUUACCAAUAUGAAACUUUUAUGUUUGAGUUGAUAGCCACCUUAACUGCUUAACUCCAGUGAGUGAGAAGACAGAAUUUCUCCUUACAAUAUCAAUACAGUAUCAAGCAAACAAGCAAUGAGAAUAAAGAAAAAUAUCAAUUAGGGGUUCAUUAGUUGAUCCAAUACUGAAUUCUCCAAACCAACAAAUUGUUAGAAUUGUAUGGCAGACAGUAACAAGAAGAACUAAACAAAAUGAGAUCUUUGGAGUAAAAGGGUUAAACCCCUUUAAUUUGUACUAAGCCUACAAUGCUUGCAAGGACUAUGCAAUUGCUCAGAACCAAAAUAGUAUUUAAUACACUUUUUUAUUACUUCUGUAGGCUCAAGAUAAGUAUGAGAGAGAACUUGUCCUCCAUGCUAAUGAUGUUCAAGCUUUGUCCACAGCUAAAGAACAGGUACUGUAAAUUAAAAUCAGUCAUUAAUGUCAUAAUGUUGAGCUAUAAGAAAACUAUCAUUAUCAUGCUUGCAUCUUGAAGGUCCUGUUAACAUUUGCUUUUUAACACCUAUUUACAAAUACAACUGUGUUCAACUGGUUGGACAAGAGUCUUGUAAGAUUGCUCAAAUAAACUAUGCAUCUUUUCACCUUUUAGGAAAGAGAUGGCAUAAAUUAUCAACUGCUUUCACUCUGGUGAUAUUGUGAGUAACUUUUUUAAUUAUUUUUCUCCAGCUUCAAGAACAGAGUAGUAAAUUUAAAGAAGUAGAGGACCGUGCCCUUGCAGCAGAGCAGAAAUUAGAGGAAUAUGCCAAGUCUUGGGAGGAUCAGAAAAAGGCAAAAGCUUCAGAAGCCAAAAAACUAGAGGCUCGCUGUGCUGACCUUGUGAAUCAGAACUCUAUGCUUCAUGGCCAGCUAGAAAAGGUUUGUAUUGAUUCUAUUUUUCCACUAACUCAUGUUCAGAUUGCAUUGUCAUAGCAGCUGACUAAUUUUGUAUUGGGUAACCCAAGAUUAUCAAUAUCAAAAAGCAUCUUAGAUGAUAAAGAGACAGAAACACUGGCAUUCUACAUAAUUAUAAAUAUUUUUUGCUUAUUAACUAUAUUUUAAAUUGAUUCUCAAUCCAUCCUUUAGCUCAGUUCCCAACUUGCUGGUAGUAAACAGAUGGCGUUGAACAUCCCUGUGACACCUCAAGAGGGUGUGGCAGCAGAUGGAGGGGAAGAGACUAACAAAAGUAUUGAAGAACUCUGGGAAAUCAUCAGGUUUGUUUACUAUUACUCUUUUUUAUAACCAAUUUGUCAUCUAUACAGGUAGGUAUUGAAGAAAAGUGUUUUAAAUUUUUUUUCAUGACUUUUCAAAGGUAAGUUUCUGUAGAGAAAAAUAUGAAGCUUACUGCAAACCCACCCCUCCCCUAACCUAACAUUAACCCUAAAUUUUUAUCAGUUGACUGUUGUUGGGUUAGGGUAGGGGUAGGGGUAGGUGCAUAGUUGCUCUGAUGCUAUCAAUGAUCCGAAGCUAACAUGGAAUAUCAAAGGAACGGGGGAAGGGUUCAAACUGAAAAUAACCCUUGUUGUAUGUUGUGGAGAUUUUCAAAAGAACACCAUGUUAGUUUUGGGUUUGCCUAACACAACUAAUCGCUACUUUUAUUCAAGUUAUUUAUCUUCUUUUCUCGUCACCAUAUUCUCACCUAUAGGGUAGCUCCAUUUUCUGCAUACACAACCUACAAUUCCUCCAAUCUCUCUGACAAAGGGCUAAUGCUCAAAAUGUCAGCUUUAAACUCUUAACAGUGGCCGAUAUGUUAUCAACUCAGUUGGUAAUACUGAAUAACUACUUUUUGUUGGUUUAAAGAUUUGUUCGUCGGGAAAAGGAGAUCUCUGAGACCAAGUGUGAACUGUCUCAGUCUGAAAGUAUUCGCUACCAGCAACGCUGUGAAUACUUAGAGGCACAAGUGGCAGAUCUGCAGAAGAACAUGACAGAGGAAAGAACACAGUCAGAGAUCAACACUCAGACUGCAGCUCAGCAUGCAGAGAUCAUGGAGAAAGUGGAGCGACUGAAUGAAGUUAUUGAGAGCAAUAAAGUACUGACAAAUGAAAAAGAAAGAGCUGAAAAGACAGUAAAAGAGCUUGCAGAAAAGGUUUGUUUUAUUUUAAUUCACUUUGCAGUGAAACCACUUGGUUGCACCUUGUGGUUUCACUAAAAAAGUUUUGAACAUGGUUGAAGUUCUUUCUAUGAUCAUUGAGGUUAUGGACAAUGGAAAAUUUUGGUCCAUUUGUUAAACUGAUCCUGAUGUUAUUAUGGUUUUUGCCCAGAUCAAGGGACUAGAGGGGGAGAUGAAACCUCUGAAGGAUGGUGUGCAGUCACUUACAUCACAGAAAGAUGCUUUGUUGGCCGAGAAAACAGCUCUUAAAAAUGAGGCAAGUCUAGCUCAUCAAUCCCUUUGAAACUGAGAUAAGAACAUUUUCAAAGGAACAUCAUUAUCAACAAAAUUGAGAGAGAUGCUAGGCAUUACAGUCAUUGAGAGCUUGCAAUUCUCAGUUGAUAGCUUGACUCUUCUGUUGAUUGUGAUGACUCUAAAUCUUGAGAAAAUUGUUGAAGUAUUUUCUUAAUGAUUUUUACUGCAAUGAACAAACAUCUUUUCCUUCAGAUGUUUUCUUGUGUGGAUAUCAUACACAAUUUUGUUACACCAUAAUCCAUAAGGCCCUGGACAGGCUUUUAUUGAAAAACAUUAGACAAAAAUCCCUGUGUAAGGGCCUUUGCACUGCUGUAAGCAGGGCAGUACAAACCUGUACAGUCCUGCGAGCUGUGAGCUGAAGGAAACAAGGAUGGAAAAGAAACACCAAAGGUUGGAUGACAAAUGGCUUAUUGAAUAAGUUAUAUCACGCCAGACAGGAAGAUAUCUGGAACUUAGUCCUGAUGCAUGGACAAUGCUGCACUCAAUCUACUCAUCAUUUCCUCAAAGCAAAUAUUUUCCCAUCUGGCCCUCCCACUCAGUCAAUAAGUACAUAUUAUCUAUUAACUAAUAAAAUAAGUCAUACAACGGUGCCUUGAAUACUUGGAAGGAGUUCUUGAAAUAAUUGUUGAAAAAAAAAUUUAAAUGGCCUAAUUGGCAAAAGCAAAAUUAUUGCAUGUAGUAGGAAUAAGUAAAGGUUUUAGACUAAAAAAAAGAUUUUUUCUGAAAAGAAUCUUCUGAUUUUUAUAUGAAAAAUGGGGCAAAUCAAACAACACUUUGUUUAACAGAUUGUGCGCUGGACAGCAAAGAUCAAACAGUUGACAGAACAGUACAAGGAUGUUGAUGUUGAUGAGUAUAAGAGAAUUAAAGAGGAAAAAAAACAGUUUCAGCAACAGAUAUCCAGCCUGAAAGCUGAUAAUCAAAGAAUAAGAACUCAGACAGAAUCCUUGAAAUCUGACUUGUCAAAAACACAAGGAGAGUUAGCAGGAUUGAGGGUAAAGUUCCACUUUCUGUACUAUCAGUGCCAAGUAUGAUAUCUUUUUUGUUUCAAAGGAUCAUUUAUGGUUUAAAUCCUCAAACUCCCAAAAGUGAUUAGCAUGUAACUUCUAACUAUUAUAUUCAUACGUUAUCCAGGAAACAGGUGAUGAGAAUACUCCAACUUUUUGGGUAGAAGUUGUCAUCUUGAUGUAACACCAAAUUCUUGUAACUAAUUUACAAGGAAAUGUGUAUCAGCUGGAGGGGAGAAUUAACAAUCAAUCAGUCUCUAGUUUAACUCUUUAACUCACAGAAUUGAUCAGAAUGUAACUUCUUCCUAUGAUAUCCAUACAAUAUCCAGGAAGCAGAUAAUGAGAAUACUCAAACUUAUAGCGUAGGAGUUGUUAUCUUGAUGUAACCCCUAAUUCUCUUAACUGAUUUACAACGAAAUGUGUAUAAGCUAGAGGGAGGAAUUACCAAGCAGAUCAUUGAGUUAAAGGGUUAAGAGCUUAUUUAUGCCUAAAUUUAAAAGCAAUUAGAUUGUUAUGCCCUGUUCAGAUCAAAACAUUUUGAUUCUGUACCCAUGACAUAUAGUUAACAAAUAGGGAAGCCUUGACUUUGCUCCAUUCUGUUGUGAAAGGCACUAGAUACGGCUAGAGCAUGAAAGAAUUGUAAAGGGAAACAGGAGAUGUAGUCAAGUAUUUCAAAAUUCACAAUCCUUACUAGAUUAGUUCAAAUAAUUUUUUGGGUAAACAAGACAACAGAAGUAAAUCACAAACUCUGGAUCUAAUGAAGAAUAAUUUCACCUAAGUUUUCUUUUGUUUAACCCUUUAACUCCCAAGAUCUGAUUGGUAAUUCUCCCCUCUAGCUGCUACACAUAUUUUUAAAAUUAGUUAUAAGAAUUUGGUGUUAGAUCAAGAGGAAACCUUCUACCUGAUAAGUUUGAAUAUCCUCAUUAGCUGUUUGCUGGAUUAUGUAAGGAUAUAAUAGGGAGAAGUUUCAUGUUGAUCAGAAAAAAAAAGGAAUAGUUGGAAAGGUGAGAAGGGAUUGUCCCAUAUGUUUUGGUCAGGAGAUAAGUUCACAUUAAUCUGAAUGUGUUAUCUUCACAUAUGUGCAAUGCUUAUUGUUAGAAAUACUAUUUCAGGCAAUGUCACAAAAAUCAACUGAUCAGCUGGGAAGUUUGAAAGAAGAACAUCAGAAAGAACUAUCUAAAAUGCAGCAGGAAGUAGAAUUACUAAAGGCAUCUGUAGAAGCCAAGACAAAAGAAGUCAAUGAAAAGAACGCAACCCUGCUGCAGGUUAGAAUUUGCCCAAACACAUUUGAUCACUGGCCAUGGUGAGCUUAGAUUAUGGGCUAGAGCACCAUAGAAACCUUUUGUAUUUCCAUGGUAGAGUAUUGGAUGGCAGUAUCUCAGUAUCCUUGAAUUUGAAAUUGUUUUUUUUAAGCCCUUCAAAUUCCCCACCCCACCUAGGCAAGUUUCAAAUGCCUCACCUCUAGGGCAUGGAUGACAGUCUAAUGCUUGUGGACUCCAUGAGGAGGGGGAUGUUGAAGCUUUGAAUUGAUCAGCCUAUUAGCAAAUGGUAUAAAGGAUUGAUGCAAUCAAAAUAUGUGAGAGGUGACAGGACAUUUGUAUCUGAAAAUUUUUUAUCCUGAUGGAUUAUGUUUGGUUGCUAAAGGUGAAACGAAUAGCUCGUCGUUACAAGACCCAAGUUGAUGAGCAAACAAAGGAGAUGGAAGAGCUCAAGAAAAAGACCAAUGAGGCUGGGCAGUCGACAGCUAACGGAACAGCAGAAGCUGCAUCUUCUGGGGUGACAGCUGCAGAAAAUGUUGAUGUUGCUGCACAGGAGAACAAGAUCAAAGAGCUAACAGAACAGGUGAAGAACUUUGAUGAGGAAGUAAAAAAACUUAAAAAGAUAGCUCGUCAUUACAAGACUCAACAUGAGGAACAAACUAAGGAAAUGGAGGAACUGAAAAAGAAAUUUGAAGACUCUGGGCAGGCCACAGCAGAAGGAGUAUCACCAGGUGAUGCAUCUAGUGGUACUGCUGAUCUGGCAUCAGAAGAGAACAAGGUGAAAGAGUUAACAGAACAGUUGAAGACUGCAAUGGAUGAGGUCAAAAAGCUGAAAGAGUUGGAUGAGCAGAAUAAGGUUAGUAAACUCUUGAAAGUGACUGGCAUCUAAUUUCUCUCUACAUAAUCACUCUUGAAUCAAUUGUAAAGGUCAUGAGAGUAAUGGGAGGGAUCAUCAAUUCAGGAAGCUCCUGAUUGUCAAACAGAUUCUCCUCAUUUUUACCCUUGAAAGUAUAGAGAGAACAGUGUGGAGAAUAUUAGUUUUGACUCGCUACUUCAAAAUGGUAAAAGAGAUGUGUGAAGAUUUGAAACAUGAUUGCAAAAUUUUCAAAUGGCCUUUCAUCUCAGCACAAUUUAACAACACAAUGUUAAUGAGAAUUAUUGUAGCAUCCAUUUACUCCCAAGAUCUCAUAAGUAAUUCUCUUUACUAUCUGCAGUACAAUUCUUAUGAUGUUAUUAUAGAGAAUUUGGUAUCAGAUCAACCUGUACUCCCUUAUUGAUAUUUUUCUUUAUUCCCAUUGCUAGUCUAUUCAAUUUUGUAUUGAUGUUGAAAAGAGGAAAUGUUAUUUUGGUCACUUAAGGCAGUUUGAGGUUAAUGAAUGAAGUCCGUAGAGCACAGCAGUUUGGAUAAGACUACUUUGAACAGUUAAGUUCGUGAUAAAAUCAAACCAACAAGAGACUAAUGCUGCCUCGUUUUCCAUACUUACUGUAGACAUCCCUGAAGGAGAAAGAGGAUAAGAACAGGAAAGUGCUAAUACAAGCCAGAGAAAGGCUGCAGCAGCUUUCAGGUAAGGAAUGAGUUUGAAGUGAUGUCAAGGUUUUCAUUAAGAAGUAACUAAUGUAGAAGGAGAAUGAUUAAAUAAGAUUAUUUCCAACCUCUGUAUAAAAAAAAAAAAAAAAAGAUGCAGCCAUUUAAUUGAGCAGAUGCAGCCAUUUAAAGCCAUUUUGAUAAGUAGUUUAAGUGGAGGUGAGUAGUGUUGGAUAUUUAUUAAGCUGCAUAUUUCAUGAUUGGUAAACUGAAAUGAUCGACAUAAACAGGAAACCACGAAAGAAACAGUAGUGUACUUUAAAGGUGUAUAGAACAUACUGGAAGCAGCAACUCAAUAUAAAUGUUCUCCUGUGGCUUCUAGAAGGGUAUUUAGGAGUUGUUGAAACACAUAUAGAUAUCUUGCAAUUUCUUUCUGAUUGUCAUCAGCUACUAAGGACAGACUGAGUGCAGAAAAUGAAGAAUUUAAGAAGAAACACAAGUCACUGAGUGAUGAGAAGGAGGCAGUAACCGACCAAUUGACUGAAUCUGAGAUGAGAAUGAAAGUCUUGAGCUCACAAUGUGAAGGGAAAGUAAUGAGGUUGGAGAAAGAGCUACAAGAUUAUAAAACAGCUAAUGACGCAAAGGAGAAGGCAGCUGAAGAAAUGAAGAAACAAAUAGAGGAGUACAGGCAGAAAGAAAAAGUGUAAGUUGCCGUUUUCUAAAUCCUGCUAUUAUGUUGCCUUAAGGUUUUCCCUUUUUUGUGGACAGCAUUUUCUUACUGACAAUCAUGUCAUAAUUUUAGGUUGCCUUUUGGUUGCUUUGAAUAUAGUUAAGCCUAGAACCCUAUUGUAACAGUCUGUGAUAUCAGAGUAUUUUCCAUGAUACUAAUAUAUACUGACAACUAAAUUGUUUUUGGUUUACUCUGUUACCCUCAGGCCUGUAAAAUGUUAAUGAUGAUAAGAGUGAUGAUGCAGUGGGCUUAAUUGCUGCUUGAACACAGAAAAUGAUCCAUUAUUUGUUGAAUCUGUGAAUAAUGAAGUGAAAAGUAUAUUUUAACAUGUCAAUUCUUUUCUUGGUUGUACUGCGACAGUGAUGUGGAAAAACUUCAACAGAAGCUGCAACAGUAUCAAGCACUGAUACAGAAACAGCAGAUGAAAAUAAAGUCUUUUGCAGUCAAUACAUCAAGUUCCAUUUCAAGACCAUCCUCAGGAGAAGUUACUGGAGCAGAGACUACAACAACUCAAGGUUAGUUCAGUUUCCAGAAGGUAAUUUCUAUUUUAUUAACACACAUGUACUUUGUUCGGAACCAUCUCAGUGGCUUAAAGGGGGUAAGUUUCUAAAGAAACUGUAGUGCUGUGUCACUGGGAGAGUAUGACAGGGUAAUUUAGUGUUAUCAACUGAGUUAAAAAUGUUAAUUAGCCACCGUGAAGAGUUUAAAGGCUGACAUUUUGAAUGUUAGGCCUUUGUCAGUAGCAGCCUGAAAGGACCAUUUAGAGUCUUUGCACCCUCUAACGGCUAAGAGUGACUGGCAUCUUAUUUCUCCUUACAGUAUCACUCCUAAAUUAAAAGAAACUCUUUGUUGUUUAACAAAUUCCAACAUAGUGUCCAUGGUUAAUCUCUGUUAGUUCCUAAAUGAGGCAAUUAUAUCAGUUUUCAGUGCUUCAGAGACCCACAUUUGAUAAUAAUUACAUUCUUGCCGCUCUUAAUUGAUCAGAUAAACUCCUUGUUGAAAGAAAUAGUGAGCCAUUCUUUGGCAUUGGUUCUUGUGUCUUAAUUCCUGUAACUCUUAAUCUGACAACCCCUGAUAACUUCUCAUGAAGUAUUAUUAACAUUGAAUUGACAGAAGAGUUGUUAAAGAUUCAAAGCUUGAUAGUGAAACUCUAUUUCAUUGGUUUUUGUACAGCAGAAACACAGUCAAGUAUCACUGUUACAUCAGCACCACCAAUAUCUCUAGUGCCACCAACAGCAACAAUAAAACCAACCACCACCCCCACAACAAUUAAACGCUCUGGACCUAAAGCUAGUGUGCGGCCUAUAGCAGUUGCACCAACACAAAGCACACCCACCCCCACUGCAACUGUUUUACCAACAGUCACUUCCACCCCCUCAGAGGCUGUAAGUGUUGCUGGAACCAUAAGGGUGACAGGAACGGCAAUUUCAACAGCAAGCAGUGUGUCAACCUCUGUACCAACCACAGUGUCCGUUCGUCCAAUCACCAGUACUGUAGAAGUGCAGCAGCAACAGCCUUCUCAGUAAGUGGUGUUCAGUUAGAAAACAGUGGCGUGAUAGUACCUGUAGAAUGUUUUUAAACAAGGCAAGGGGGAGAUGGGGGCAUUGAAUAAACGCUUGCUUAUACUGCUGUUUGACCCUUUGAACUCUGAGGGUGACUAAAUAUAGCAUCUAUUUUCUCACUAAGGUAUCAUUGCUGAAUCAAACACUAGGCUCAUGAGAAGUGAGUGUCAGUGCCAUAGGAAAUGUUUGAAGAACAGUAUAGAGCAUUUGCAUGCUGAUGUUAGGGUGUAAAGGGUUAAUAAGUGAAUGCCUUGAACACCCUACUUGUACUGAAAUAAUUUCUGAAUUUAUUGAGAAUUAGUUGUUUUGUUAUUUUAGAUCUUUUUUGUUACAUUUAUGUAGUUAAGAUUAGUGGUGUUUUACUUGUUCUGUUCUAAAGUCAGCCUUGCAUUUGUAACUUCUUUUGAAUGUUAUCCUAAGGCUUAAUAAUUACUCCAAAUAGUUUGUCCAUUUAUGUAGGACAAGAGUUAGCAAAAAUUGGCAGCCUAAAAAGAUUAUUGUUUUCAUCACACUGCUUCUGGAUCCAAGAGCUUUUGGAUCCCCCCCCCCACCAGUUCUUUGUAGGUCGUAUUCAUAAACAUUAGUUACAAACAUUUUUAAUUUGCUGAUUCAAAUUGUAAUCUGAGAAAUUGAACUCUUUAGAGGAGAGUCUGAGGUGUCAUCCACUGAAGUGACAGCCAGUGAACAGCUGCAGCCUACUCCAUCUACAGCUGUGGUAUCAGGAAAGAGACAGAGAGAUGAAUCUCAAGUUACUGACAGGUAUAAUUGCAACAUACUCAAUGUUGUUUGAACAUCUUCAAAAUAACCCUGGGUGAGAAAUCCCAUUUAAUGAGUAUUUAAUUUGUUAUAAUUUUUUUUAUUCUUUUAAUGAGUAAGACACUUAUAAUCAGUUAGUUGAGAGAACUAUCCAAGUAAAGAAACUUAACCAUUUGGCUCCUAAGAUACUAGCAUCUAAUUUCUCCUAACAAUAUCAACCCUGAAUCAAACAUUAAGGUCAUGAGAAUAAAGGAAAUGAUCGCAAACUAAAUAAGCUCUUGAUUGUCAAACAAUUUUUCCUAAUCAGCUUCUUAGAGAAUGUUUAAAGAACAAUAUGGAGAAUAAUUUUACAUACCAGUUUUAGGGUGUAAAGAGUAAAUAAUUGUCUGAGUGGGUGAUUUCCACACUUAAUGAGUGAUUUUCUAUGUAACAGAAGUGCAACUGAAGUCGUGGAAGGUACAAGUACAGAAGAUGAACCUCUGCCAAAGAAAAUCAGGACUGUAGAGGUUUGUUUAGGAUUGAAAACUCAUUUGUUUUUUGCUGUCAGCUGUAGAUUCAAUCAGUCAUUCCAGUCAAAAUUAUAACUACCUUUGUACUUGGACAACGUCUCUUCUUCUUACCUUGGUAAACUUUGUAGGAAAUACUAUUUAUUCUUUUAACAGUUUUUUUUGCUACUUAGUCUAAAUUUAGCAGUUUCUUGUCAGUUGUGUUGUAGCAUACAAAAACUGCUAUUGCUACCAAUGAUAUUAACUAUUUUUAAUUGGUAACUAUUUUUGGUAGCAGUGCAGGUACUUUAAAAGUUACCACGAUCAGGGGAAUCAACUUAGGUUGCAUAUUAUACAUUAGAGUUCCCUAAGGUUACCUAACACCUUAAUGAUUGUCUGAAUUUUAAAGAACUUAAAGCAGCAAGUAAUUCUUCUUUUUCAAUAGUUUUGUUUGUUUGGUUAUACUUUUAUCUGUGUUCUAUAAUGAAAAACCAACAUACAACAAUUUGAGCCCUGAAGGUAACUUGUAACCUAAAAAAAAAAAGCUGUAGGCCACCAUAAAUUAAUUGUGUUAUACAUUCAAACUCAAGCUUCAAGUGGAAGAUGAAGUUGGAACAUCACAAGAAGCAUUUGAAGACACAGCUGCAGAUGGCACAGGUGAUGAUCAGCUUGAAGAAGAGGAAGAAGGAAAGGAAGAGUUUGAUUUUGAUGGUUAUGAUGGGGAAGAGGGUGAGGAGGAAGAAGACCAGGAGACACAAGAUUCUGGAAGACAAGAGGUGAUUCAAGCUACAACCAUAGAACCAGAGGUAGUUUUGAUUGAAAGUGAUGAAGAUGAAGAUGUUGAGGAAGAGAAUGUUGAUGAAGGAGAAGAGGAGGAGGAUGAUGAAGAUUAUGUAGAGCAGGACGAGGAUUAUGCUGAGGGAGAUGUGGGUGAGAUGGAGGAAGAUGAUGAAGGUGAGGAUGAAGAAGCAGAGUACAUGGAAGGAGAGGUUGUUGAUGAAGAUGAUGAAGAUAUGGACGAAAAUGAAGAGGAUGAUCCAAAGCAAGAGGUGGUGGAAGUGAUCGAUGAUGAUGAAGAUGACAUGGAUGAAAAUGCUCGGGAAGCAGCAGCAAUCGAAGAAACGCAGAUGGGAGAAGAGGAUGCUGGAGAGAUAGUAGGAGGUUAGUUUUUUGGGUUAUUCACAAUUACCGUAGUUAUUCAGUUAUAAGGCGCACUCAGCUAUAAGACGCACCCCCAAUUCGGCAACUUCAUUAUUGCAUGUUUUCAAACUGAGAAAAUCGCGAAAACUUGGUUAUAAGGCGCACCGUUGUUUGGGGAGUAAAGAUCGGUCAAGUUUAUUGUAAAUUCUUUCAUAAACUUACAAAAAAGUGAAAAAGUCGCGUAUUGAUGUUAGUUUACCGUUAAUCAACAAAAGCAGAAUCGUCGCACACGCGACCACACACACAAACAAAAGCCUUGAUUAAACAAGAUGUACCGCCGAGAAUGCAGGUCUCAGUGCACUAAAAAGGCUGAAAGGAUGAAGAAGGUAUUUACCUCUUCACUUGUUUAUUUUCAUUUCGUUUUGUGACGUAUCAAAUUACUAAGCAUUCAGAACCACCAUAUUGAUUUCAUAAAAGUCAAUGUGUGUGUGUCAUUUUAUUUGCUUGAAAUAAAAAAAAAUUGUUUCGGGAAAAUAUUCGCCUAUAAGACACACCCAAACUUUGGCGGUAAUUUUUAGUAGAAAUUAGGAAUUUCUUGAAAAAACGGUGCGCCUUAUAACCAAAUAACUACGGUAAUUUUUGGCAUGCCCAAUUUUUGGUCCAUGGGAAAAAAAAUGUGUCUUAACAUGGUCCCAUUUUGUGAAUGUUUGGUCUGUCUGUUUCUAUUUAAUUGUCUGUUUUAUCUCCCUAACUACUGAUGAUUUCAUUUUCAACAGAAGAAGAUGUUGCUGAAGAAAUACAGGAUCAGAAUGAGAUUGAACAAGCUGAGACUUCUGAGGAAAAUGUAGAAAGGGAGAUUUCCACAACCGAGCAGCUUACAACAGGAGCUGCUGUUGAUAGUCAGUUAUUGGAAGGGGCACAGAGAUCUGUUACACCAACAACAUCAGUUACAAUUACACAACGUCUCCUGUCUGCCAGGUCCCAUUUGCCACCGUUUUCAUUUCCUCAGGUGAGACAUGAAAUUUUUUUUCCUACUUGGAAGCUUACACUAGUAUUAAUUGACACUGCUCAAGAAGCAAUGAGCGCAUCAUUAAAACCGUAGCUGGCUGCAUAAGGUUAUAAGUGAGUACAAAGUUAGUGCCAUUACUAUACCUGUUCAUUUGUAAAUGUCUGUUAAAAGAAAUCUGUGUAUACCAGAUUUCUCUUUCUCAAAAUUGAUUAAGUUGCGUGCAAAUGGAAGACAAGCAAAUGAAAUUAUCUUUAGAUGAUACAAGAUUUUCUCAAACUUUUGAAGCACAGUGUAGGAGGCAUUACAUAUCAACUUCUUCAACUUUUUCAUGCCAUUUCCAUCCCUUGAACUUGAGUUAAGAACUGAAGAGACCACUGAAGUGCGAAAGAGUGUCCUUUGAACUUUGCUUGCAGUUGGUUAGAUUGUUGCAAUAUUAAGAGUGGCCAUUGACAUUUUUGGUAGACUGAAGGCAUGGUAGUAUAUUAACUCUCUUGGUAACAAAUGAAUGAAGCCCCCAUUAAACCUGUAUCUUAAAUUGCAUAAUUAUUGUUAUUCAGGGCCAACCAGCUCCAGGUCCAUUUAAUGAAGAAGAAGACUGUAUGGUGCCCAGCACCCCUACACUGUAUGUGCCAAAGAGAACUGAUGGUUUUGCUGAGGCCAUAAGGUAAGUUCUGUGUCAGUGCAGAGUAGUUUUUGUGCAACACCUCUUCCCUUAGUAUUGUAAUGUCAUACCAAGCAAAGAACCUGCAUUCCACUUGGUAGCCAUAUCUGCAAAUAUAUAUGACCAAUUAAUCUUUCGACUUGUUCACCAGCAACUUUGAGAAUCAGAAAAACCAUGUGCAACAAUGCUGCCCUUUAUACUGUGGACCCCUAUUCCUGGACAAACAUACUGACACUUGAACUGAAAUUUUUCCUCGCUACGAAUUUGUAUUGGCAAUCUUAAACAAGAUGUUCAGUCAGAUUAGUUCAGUAGCAAGGAGUUGUUUGAGGCCUUUUAUUAUUUUUUUUGAAGGAAAGAACAGGAAUUUCUUGAGAUUGUGCAGUACAAAGCCUUUUCUUUGGGGUUCCUUAGAGAUGUAAAAAUGAAAAACUGCUACAGUACUGGAAUAUCUGUCUGUGCUAACAUCAAAUAAUACUCUUGUCUGAUGAGUUAAGAGGAGAUUUGUAAAAUUGUGUGACUGUUUCUUUAGCUGAAGAAAAUCCUUUUUUGUCUUUAGCUCUCCACAAAUAAAUCGUUCAUCAUUCUCAUUUGCUGCACCUGGAGAGAGCUCUAUGUCAUCUGUAGGUGUUUUGGAACUUGGCAUGUCAGAAGAAGGUGAGUGGUUUGCAUUCUUUUGGUUAACUGAAGAACAAAGCAAGAUUAAAAAGCAAUUUUACAUUAAAACCUGAGUUUGUUUAUUGCCCUAAAAACAACAAGGAAAGGUUUUUUUAUGCUGCCAUGCAAAUCAUGGAACAAAAUAGGAGAAUUUAAAUCUGUUUUAUUUGCUGCUGCUACUCAACUGUGUACGGUGGUCAUUGUGAUAAUGUGUAACUGACUGAUACCAGCAUGAAACAGAAUCACAAAUGGGCAUAUAGCCUCUGAGUUCAUAUGUUUUUUACAGAUUCAUACAAUAAAUGACUGCCAAGUUUUUUCAUUUUCAUUUUUUUGUUUUUGUCUCUUUUUUUUCUGCAGAAAGUAAGUUGUAAUAUUGUCUUUCCAAAUCAAUUUUUGCUUUUUUUCUUUAAGGGCUCCGUGUAGAUGACACACAAGUGGACCUUAUGGGGGGCUCAGAUGAAGCUUCUCAUGAGAGACCUUCCUUUGUAGUGCCUACAGGUAGGGCAGUGAGGAGGAAAAGAGAGAAAAAAAGCUGCACAAGUUGUCAGGAAGACAUUAAGAUAUUCAGGAAGGAAAAGAAGGAAACAGUUUUGAAGAUAGUCAGACAUAGAUUUGCAAGAAAGAUACAAGUUGCUCUGUUACUAAAUCAAUCAAAAAGAAGACGAGGUAGAAUUAAUGUCACAGGUAGAUCAGUCAGUUGUAAAUAUGGUAAGUAGGGUAGUUUUGAUCAUGGGUGCUGGAAUGAAAUGAAAAUUCCAUGUUGAACUCCCUUAUAGUAGUCAAAUAUUUCCAGCAGAGCUGAGCUCCACUUACCAGGACAUCAUUAUCAUGGUCAUUUUAUUGUUUUUCUCUCUCAAUCUUACAUUCAAAAUGUUUGUCUGAACUUCUGCCCACUUUCCAUCACAGUUAGAUAAGAAUGCAUGGACAUGCAUGUAAGAGCAUUUUGACCAUUUAGUUUGUAAAUGCUGUUAGGUAUUUUGCCUUCUUACUUUUCAUGAACCCAUAAAGUCUUGGAAUUGAUUAACAUUUAACCUCUUGUUUAACCUUAUUCCGAAAUCAGUUGAUGAAAACAAACAUUUAUAUAUGUUAGAGGUAGUUGUCUUUACUUACAUGGGUCAGUAAAUUCACUAUUAUCAAUUUUUUAAAAAAUGUGCUAAAGCUAGUGGUUAGAUUUAUAAAUAUUAUCUGGAACAGUAAAUAAUCAAGAGAUUAAGAGAAGCAAAGGUGUUAGAGAAGAAGGAAGGAAGGGUUUAGGGAAUGAGAAUAAGUUGAAUCUGUAUUUCAGUAAAAGAAUAGUUUUGUUCACUCUUGCUUUUAUUUUAGGCUUACCAGAAGCAGUGGAAGCAAGUACAGCCAGCCAGUCCAACCAACGAAUCCCAAGCACUAGCUCAGACACAAGGCAGCUCUCAUUAGAAAGUUUGGAGAGUGAGACAGAAGCUGGCAGUAUUGCCACUGUCCCUGCCAUCAUGGUCACACCUGUUACGGAGGCAUCGGAGGAAUCAUCUGAGCAGAAUGUACCUGUUUCUCAAGCUCAUCCUGAGGUUCUUGACACAGAAGUGGUGGAGCUGUUGGAAGAUGUGGAGGCACUGAAAGAAGGAGAGGAAGCUGAAGAACAAGAAGCAGUAGGAAAAGGAAGGUUGGUAGCUUGAGGGAUGUUGUAGUUAUGGAUGAUUUUUCAAAUCUAUUGUCACUCAUGGGUAUCUCUCUCCACUUGAAAACAGGGCUUCAGUGGCCUGGCCUUUAUACUUUAAACUUAAGAUAACUAUUUUGUAUGUCCAAAGUGGAACAGUAGAUUACUGAUAAGUAUUAUUAUUUUUACUAGUGAGUUAGAAAUGAAAGAAUCACAAGAAUUUGCAUCAGAAGACAUUUCCCAGCCAAGUAUUUCAGGUAAGGGAUGAAGCAAAAUACAAUUCUAGAAAAAAACCCUUUUGACAAUUAAAAUUUCAGAUAAAUAUCAAGCCAUUCUUACUGUUUUAGUGCAGACUGCAGAGAUUGCUAGAUCUUAAGGCAUGAUAUAUUUUUCUGAGAAAAUGAACUGGGAACAGCUAGGUAGCCAUUUUUCCACAAAACUUUUUAACUAUUCAUUUCUGAACCCUGACGUUAAGUGUAAAACUAAAUCUCAUGCUAACCUUAGGUAUACCACUUGUCUAGUUAGUUUCAUCAUUUUUAAUACACAUGAUAAAAUUAUGCACAUCCAACUGGGUGAAAAUGAGUGCAUUUUUCACAAGUGUAAAGUUGUAAUAUGAGUGCAAAUUACAAAUAGCAUGCAUCCAAUAUCAAAUUUUUGUUUAUCAUGACUUCCUGUAAUGCUUUUUUCAUGUAAGUUAUUCACAAGUAACAACAUUAUUUCUCUUGCAAUUUGUUGUAAAUGAGCAUUUGUAAAUUUUUCAAAGACUACAAAUUGCACUCCUCCUACAGGCUCAUGCAACUCUGUUGUCUUUGAAAAUUUUACUAGUGCUUAUUAACACCAAAUUGCACUUGAAAUCAUAGUAUUACAUAUAUUAAACUUAAUUUAAUUGAAUCAGUUUUUUUCUAUGGACAAUUCUGCUGAGGACUGGAUCCCCCUUUCCCAUCACAGCUUUCAUUUACAUCCCAAGUUUAAUUUUCUUAUUGCAGGAGAACCUUCUAGGACUAGUGCUCAGUCUGCCUCAACAACAGGGGGAUCUGCAGCUAAAGCUAGACAAGGUAAGGUUAAUACAGUAAGAAGCAACAAGGGGUAUAGUUUGUUCUUGAUUGAUGUAAAUGAGAUGAAGGGUCUAAGAAGUAGCACAAAUGUUGCACUUAAAAGUGCCAAACUGCAAAAUUAAACAUUUUUCACAUGUUGUCUGCAUUUUUUGCAAGGGUUCAUUUUGAGCUGAAGUUAAAAAUUCAAGUUAGUUGUUCCAAAAGGGUUCAUUUUGAGCUGAAGUUAAAAAUUCAAGUUAGUUGUUCCAAAACUCUCUUGCUCAUCCUUGAGAGCAAACUUGAUCUUGUGCCCAGUGUUACUGUGGAUCAGAUUUGGAUGUAUAGUCUUGCUAUCAGCAAUUACUGUUUGUUAUUCAAAAAUCAGUGUUAUGUUGAAUGAAGUAAACAAUCAAGUGUUGUGUUUGUUUUCAGAUCUAAGUAGGGGCAGAGGUUCAGUUGUGCAGUUAAGGAGGCCAGCCACAACAUCUACUUGGUCCACUACAAGGGGAGGUACCCAAACUCAAAGAGGUAGGAGACUUGUGGCAGUUUUCCAUUGUUUUUGUAAUACUUAACCCUUGUAACCCAUUCACACCAGGAAAACAUGUUUGGUUAAACCAGAUUUAACUGAAUGAAAAUCAGAAACAGAGAACUGAAAAAUCGAAUUUUCUGUAGGAUUCAGGUAGUGGCUAACUUGUAUGCUCAAUGUGGUACAUCUGAAGCUGAUAAACAUCAUUUCACUACUAUGAAGAAAAAAUAUUCAAUCAUGUUAAAAAAAAAACAGCUUUUAAACCUGUUUAAGCUAAAGUGUGAAUGGGGUAUUAGACUCUCAGGAGUGACCAAGACAGUAUUUCUCCUUACAAUUUUAAUACAAUAUCAAACAGAUAAGUGAUAAGUGAUGGAAACAAAGAAAGAUACCACUUAGGGGCUUGUUUGUUGAUGUAACGCUAAAUUCUCCAAACUCAUGUCACUAAGAAUUGUCUAGCAGACAGUAAGGAGAAUUACUUAGUAUUAGAUCUUGAGAGUUAUAGAGUUAAGUCAUGUUGUGUUGUUGUCUAUUCCUGAGUGACCUUCUUACUCAAUGAGAGUUUUCUCAAAUUAGAGUUCACAAUCCAGCAAUUCAUUCCCACCCUAUUACUAAUAAUAAUUACAGAAGUCUUAUUGCUAUUUCUACCCUUAAUAAGAUCAUGUUAACUAUUCCAAUAAGUGGGUAAUAAAGAAAUGUAAAUGUAAUUUGAAGGUACUUCAGCAUCAGGAAGAGUUCGUCGUCUAAGAAGGGAUCCUGUGAGAGGUGAGAUGUUUGGAUCUUGUUUUGCUCCCAAACUGAAGGCAUUCAAAGCUGUAAAGGAAUGCCAGUAGAUCUCAUGGAAACUUACAGAGACAAAAAAUAGUCAAUGCUAGUGUGCUAGUCCAUUUUUGAAUUGUGAACCUCCAUGACCUUCAGCUUUCUGGUUUUGUAUACUGAUAUAUCCAUCUUGCCUAUUUAUUAGGUCCUGGUGCUCAUCGUGGUCGUGGGACACAAAUGCCCCGUGGCAGGCAGGGCGGGACUCCAAGAGGAGGAGGACAAGCAUAAAAUGACCUUGCUCAUGAUUAAAUUGUGUAACCUAGGAUCCUUUUUAGCUUUUGUACAGAAUAGGUUUUUUGGUUUUGUUAAAGAAUCUUGUAAUAAAGUUAACAUGCAGUGUUUAAAGGCAG